AUGAUAUUAAAGGGGGUGAGAGGAGAUGAUAUUAAAGGGGGUGGGAAGGCAGCGGUGUUUGCUGGGAAGGCAGCAGUAUUCCAAGGUUUGUGUGGAAAUAGAAGGAAAUUGGGAGGAAAAAAAAACCACACCGGCCCUGUCACCCCCGUUCUCUCUUCCAGGUGUGUGCACCUCCGCCAUCAAGGUGGCCUCGGCCAGGCUGCCUUCCCCCAAGAGCCUGGUGGGAACGUCCGCCCAGAUCCUGGCCCAGCUUCCCAAGCAGCAGCUGACUUCAUCGGCCGCCCAGACUCCCGCCCAGCCACCCCCAACCCCCCAGCCGUCUCCGCUGCCCCCCACCAUUAAGCCCACCAUCCAGAUCAAGCAAGAAUCAGGUGUCAAAAUCAUCACUCAACAGGUGCAGCCCAGCAAAAUCCUCCCCAAGCCCGUCACCGCGACUCUGCCCAGCAGCAGCAAUUCUCCCAUCAUGGUGGUGAGCAGCAACGGGACCAUCAUGACCACCAAACUGGUCACAGCUCCUGCGGGGACUCAAGCAACGUACACCCGUCCAACCAUGAGCCCUUCCUUAGGGGCACGGGUGACGGGCACACCUGGUGCAGCCACCUACGUGAAGACCACCAGCGGCAGCAUCAUCACGGUCGUCCCCAAAUCCCUCGCCACCCUGGGGGGCAAGAUCAUUAGCAGCAACCUCGUUUCUGGUAACUCCUUGAUGAAGACCUAUUUUCAGCAAAAAGGAACCACCACCAAGAUCACGACCAUCCCGGUGACGUCCAAGCCCAACGUCAUAGUUGUGCAGAAAACGGCGGGAAAGGGCACCACCAUCCAAGGCCUACCGGGCAAAAAUGUCGUCACAACGUUGCUAAACGCAGGGGGAGAGAAAACCAUCCAAGCCGUUCCAGCCGGUGCAAAACCCGCCAUCAUCACUGCCACCCGGCCCAUUACGAAAAUGAUCGUCACGCAGCCGAAAGGGCUGAGCUCUGGUGUCCAGCCAGCGACCAAAAUUAUCCCCACCAAAAUUGUAUACGGACAGCAAGGAAAAACUCAGGUCCUCAUCAAGCCCAAGCCGGUGACCUUCCAGGCCACGGUGGUCAGCGAGCAGGCGAGGCAGCUGGUGACGGAGACCCUUCAACAGGCUUCCCGCGUGAUGGAGACCGGGAACGCGUUCCUGCCAGAGGUGAAGGAGGAACCCCAAGUGUACACCGACAGCAGUUCCUCUUCCGUGGAGUCCAUCCAGAGUUCCCAAGAUUCCCAGCCCGUGGUCCACGUCAUUGCUUCCCGAAGCCAGGAUUGGUCAGAACACGAAAUCGCUGUGGAUUCCAGUCCCACCAUCAUCUAUCAAGAUGUCUCGGGCGAAUCUCACUCUGCAACAUCAACCAUUAAAGCCUUGUUGGAACUCCAGCAGACCACAGUCAAAGAGAAGUUAGAAACCAAGCCCCGGCAGGCCACCAUCGACUUGAGCCAAAUGGCCGUCCCCAUCCAGAUGACCCAAGAGAAGCAGCAUUCUCCCGACAGCCCCUCCAUUGCCGUGGUGGAAUCGGAGCUGGUGGCAGAAUACAUCACCACGGAUUCUGGAAGGAUUCACUGUGUUCCUUCGCAUUCAGAGGAAUAUCUUCAGAACCACAUUGUAAGCCACCGGUCCCAGUCCCACCAGCCCUCCUCCGAGCCCCAGCGGACCUUGCUUCAACAUGUAGCCCAAUCCCAGACGGCGACACAGACCUCGGUUGUGGUGAAGUCCAUCCCCACCUCUUCGGCAGGCGCCAUCACGCACUUCAUGCAGCAGGCCUUGAGCAGCCACACGGCUUUCACCAAACACAGCGAGCAGCUGGGCGCCGAGGAGGGGGAAGUGGAAGACACGCUGGACCCCCAGACGGGACUCUUCUACCGGUCGGCCCUGACCCAGGUGCAGAAGCAGCAGAAGUUCGGCCAGCCCCAGCUGGAGCAGACCCAGCUCCAAGUCAAGACCUUGCAGUGCUUCCAAGCCAAGCAGAAGCAGACCAUCCACCUGCAAACGGAGCAGUUGGCCGCCAAGCUGCCCCAGCUGCCUCAGCUCUCCAUCCGGCACCAGAAGCUAGCGCCUCUCCAGCAGGAUUUGGCCCCCGCCAAACUGGACUCCCAGCAGGCCGGCAGUGGGGCCGUCCCCCGCGAGCGGCAGCUGCCCACCUUGGUCGCCCAGCCCCAACAGACGGUGGUUCAGGUGCUGGCGGUCAAGACCGCCCAGCAGCUGCCGAAGCUUCAGCAGGCCCCCACGGCCCAGAAGAUCUACGUCCAGCCCCAAAGCCAGCUGCAGCUCUCUGGAGCGCCCGAGAAGCAGCCCACGGGCCAGGUGCACCAGCCCAUAAUAACCCAAGGAUCGUCUGUUACCAAGAUCACCUUCGAAGGGCAUCAGCCCCCCACAGUCUCCAAGGUGACCCCUCCCCUCCCGCCCCUCUUCCCCAGCCAGGUGGCUGCCAAGUCCGCGAUGGCAGACAUUUUGAAGAUGUCCAUGAUGGAGGCCCAGAUCGAGCCCAGCACCGGAGGGGACGCGGCGCAUAAGACCUGCCCCCCGGCCCACCCUCCUGGCGUGGCCGAAGCGAACCCCCCCUCUGUGCUGAAGGCAGCUCCGGGAGGGGCGCCCACCCUGGGAGCGGCGUCCGUGUUGCAGCAGGUGAAAACCUUGGACUCGCACUCGGGCCCUCUCGGCACGGGGCUGCCUCUUCAGGAGCGGAAGCCGAACCCCCCGGCUCCCGCCAGCCAGUUCAUCCGCAUCCAGAACGUGGCUCCUCCAAAAGCCGAGGAACUGGCGGCCGAAAUCCUGAUCCAGACGAUCCCGCAGUAUUCGGUCGCCUGCCAUUCCACCUCCAACGUGGUGGUCGAACCCAGCGGUCUUCUGGAGAUGAACAACUUCACCAGUCAACGCCUGGACGAGGAAGACACCGUCAUGGAGCAGGACAUGGACAGCAGCAACGAAGACGGGACGGAGCCCAGCCCGAUGCAGACUUCGGAACAGACCUAGUGCAUUUUUGGAAACUGGGGGUGCACAUUUAGGCAACCACCGAGGGCCUCGGCCGUCGGUGUCCUGGAAGCUCUUAAUAUCAGUCGUAAGAAGCACUUUGCCUCUCCGAGGUCUUUGCGCAGGCUGAACGCCAGCUUGUUAAAAAAAAAAAGAAAAAGACGACAGUAUUGGCGAGACCAGGAUCGCGAAACGGUUUGGGUGAGCGAGGCGUCACGUCCGGUCUGGGGAAACCCGACGACAGUGGAAUGUAUUUUCGUUGGACGCAAGAAAGCAAAGAGACAUGCAGUGAUAUUUUUUAAAAAAAUUUUUUAAUUAUUAUUAUUUUUCCUCUCCAUUAUGGUAUAUUGAAGUUUCGUUUGCUACGACGUUCUGGAUUUUCUAUUGAAAUAUUGUGGCAGUUUUUUUGGGGGGGGGGUGUUUCGUGUGUGUUUUUUUUAAAGCCACCAAACUAACCUUCCCUACUUACUCUCCCAAAGCCACAAAGCGGAGCCCGAGUUUGCCGUUGAACGGGUUUUUGGCACAGAUUUUGUUUUAACGCAGUGUUUCUCAACCUUGACAAUUUUAAGGCAUGUGGACUUCAACUCCCAGAAUGCUGGCUGUGGAAUUCUGGGAGUUGAAGUCCACAUGCCUUAAAAUUGUCAAGGUUGAGAAACACUGUUUUAAAGGCUAGCUGGAUUCUCAAAUCAAUCGAGGGAGCGUGCUCUUAGGGCAGUGUUUCUCAACCUUGACAAUUUUAAGGCCUGUGGACUUCAACUCCCAGAAUUCCACAGCCAGCAUUGCUGGCUGUGGAAUUCUGGGAGUUGAAGUCCACAUACCUUAAAAUUGUCAAGGUUGAGAAACACUGUCUUAGGGAGAGAGUAAGAAUCAGAGAAAGAAGCUGUUUCUCUUUUUUUUCUUUCAAAGUAAAUUUUGAAAUAUUAGCCUUUAAAACAAAAGCGAAGCUAAUUUCGAAAUAUUAAUCUUUAAAACGAGCUGAAGUAAACUUCAAAAUAUUAGUCUUUAAAACAAAACACACAGUCUCAAAACUAGACGCCACACGGUGAUGAUGAUGCUUCUCUUCCCCUUAAUUUUCACAGGUUAAUUUUUUUUUCUUUUGACGAACCAUAGAUGAAACAUUUCACAAAGCCCCAUAUUAAACCUUGCUUUUAUUUAUCUAGAAUAUUUCAAUUUCCCACUCCUGGUCUUGUGUAACAGAGCCAGGACCUGUUCAGUAUCUUUUUUUCAUAUUUAAACUGUGAAACAAGAAUUGGUCUAAGAUUGGACAUCCAAGAUUAGAAUUUGGGUGCGAGCAUAAAUAUUCGGACUCGGCUUUCUUUCUUUAAAGGCAUUUUUUUUUAAAAAAAGGAAAGAAAGAAAGAAAAACCACACAAUUUUUCAUACAAUUAUGCGGGAGGCUUUAAAAAUGUACAGUGGUCUUUUAAUAAUUUUGUUUGACUCUGUUGAAAGGGAUCCUCCUUCGAACGAAUAGUUUUAGUUUGCCCAGGAAAUACGUUGGGGUUUUACCAUGACUAAAAAUAAGUCCAGAUUAAAAAGAAACAAGAAAAAAAACCCCAAAUCUUAAUAAUGAAGACACCGCUUUUAUACAUGUGUGUGCGUAUGUGUGUUUGUUUGUGUGCGAGAGAGAGAGAGAGAGAGAGAAUGUGUAUGUCUAUCCACACAGAGAAACUGUACAUAGGAAGUUUUUAACUCUUUUGUAUAGAUUACAUUAUAAAUAAGCAUUUUACAAUUUUGGAAGUAUCUUGUAUAUAACGGCCCUUCGGUUGAAUUGCUGUUUUGUUUUUCGGUUCGGUUCGGAUCUUCUUCGUUCCGUUUGGGUUUUUUAUUUUGUUUUUCCCCGGUGCUGAUAAUACUACUUUUAAGCAGGCGCUCCUCGAAAGCUCUAAGACGAUUUUGUGUCGAUAUUUUUAUAUUGUGAUUUUAGUGUUUUGUAUAAUUAAACCACCCAGUAGACAGAAUUCGCCACUGGCUGAAGUUUUGAAACCCAAAA